AUGAUUUCUAACUUAUUUUUAGAUUCGGUUGAGGAAGCAGUCUCAGAAUCCCUAAAAUCUAACAGAACAUUAGUAGUCUAUAACAGCAAUCAGUCAGAUGAUUGGCUCAAUAAAUGGUUCCAAGCAGAUGAUUCAAAUGUUUCUCAUUUAAAAGGGGCCGCAGUCUGGUUGAAAUUGGUUAAGGGAACUGCUCAGUUUCAAUAUUUUGAACAAGUCUUUCCAAAUGUUGUCGUGCCAAGUGUAUAUCUGGUACUUAAUGGUAAGAUCAAGACUAUCUUACAAGGAGAUGCUACUCAUAUAAUGUGGGGACUGUUAUUGCAAUCAUUAGGAAUAGUCGCAGGCUCCAUUCCAAAUCAUGAGGAACCAAAACCAGAAGUAAAAAAAAAGCCAUCGGAAACAUUUAGAGAAUCUGUUCAAGAGAUAAGCCAACAGGUAUAUCAUGAUGAAGUUGUGAAGGAAAGGAAAGCUGAUAGAGAAGAACGUGAACGUAUUUUGAAAUUAUUAGAGGCCGAUAAAGAGGAAAGAAAGGCAGCAGAGACUCAUUCUCAGGUUAUGGAUUCAGAACCUGUUGAGGUUCGUGAUAAUAUUAAAGAUAGAACAAGGUUACAUACCGCAAAUUGUACUUUACAAAUAAGAUUAACUAAUAGUGAAACUUUAACGCGUACUUUUAAAUCUAAUGAUAUUUUGAACGAAGUCAGAACUUGGGUUGACGUAAACAGAACUGAUGGAGAUCAUCCGUAUGCAUUCCAUAGAAAUAUUCCUCGCAUGACAUUCUCUGAUUCUGAUGAAAUGAAAACUUUGGAGGAAUUGGAAUUAACACCAAGAAGUGCGUUAAUUUUAAAACCUUUGGAUAUUGUAGAUAAAAAUAUAAAAAUUGCAGAAGCACAACAAGCAGGUCUCUUGAAUAAAGUUUAUUCUGGGUUCUCUUCCUGGUGGGGAAGUGCUCAACAGCAACAGCAACAAAAUAUGCAAGUCUCAUCCACUCCAUAUUCACGACCAGAACACAACGACUCACAGCAAUCUUCGUCAAGGAUCGUCCCUCAGAGUGAUUCUCAAAUCAAUAGGGAACAAUCAGAAACUAAUAUACAGUCAAGGUCGGUAACGCCAAAUGUUUACCAAUUGAUAAAUUCAGAUGAUGUAAAUGAUGACCAAGAAAAAAACACAUACAAUGGUAAUAAUAUUUCUCUAGAGAAAAAUGAUGAUGAUAAAUAG